AUGGUUCACAACACAGAGCCCGUCAACAACACCUGCGCCUUCAGCUCGGGCAGCUUAGCUCCGAUGGCGGACCUCCGCACCGACGAAACCUCGCCGUUCCUCCAACGGCCUGGUAGUCCAGCGUUGUCCCGAGAGGAGGACCAACGUCAGGAGCAGCACCCCGCGGCUGCACGGAAGCUUACCCUGGUCAACGGCCUGGCCAUUGUCAUUAGCCUGCAGAUCGGCUCGGGAAUCUUCAGCGUGCCCUCGCAGAUCAGCCAGUUCGUCUCGGCCCCGGGCUACGGUCUGUUAGCAUGGCUGUUUGGCGGGCUGCUCGUAUGGACAGGCGCGGCGUCCUUCAUCGAGUUGGGGUUGAGGAUACCCAACAACGGAGGGAUCCAAGAGUACCUCCGGGCGUGCUACGGCGAGUUUGCCGGGUUUUUGUUUACAUGGGUCUGGUGCACCAUCAUCAAGCCGGCGGCGAACUCAAUGAUUGCUACCAUUUUCGCCGACUACCUCACCGAGGCGUUCGUCCCGGACAACCAGCCACCGGAGCCCUGGUUAUCAAAGGUAGUAGCGGCCGGGUGCAUUGUCACAAUGACGCUCGUCAACUGUCUGGGCGCAACAGCCGGCGCGAAAGCGGCUAACCUGUUCCUGUUCCUGAAAAUGGCUGCCCUUGCAACCAUCAUUAUUCUGGGGUGCGGCGUCUGGGCGUUCGGUCAUGGGGAAGGGGUCCCUUCGUCUGAAUACGGGUGGUUCGGCCAGCGGCCCGACCAACGUGAGGUUGGUCUGUGGGAGUGGCUAGGAAACUUCGGGACGGCAACCUUUGGGGCUCUAUGGUGUUAUGCGGGCUGGGAAAUGGAGUUCGCAAAUCGGGUUCUCGGCAGCUGGGCCGGUGUCCUCUUCUCCGUAAUCGUCUCCAUCUCGGCGAUGGGCGCUCUGAACUCGAAUGUCUUUGCUACCGCCAAGCUAGUAGUUGUUGCAAGUCAGCGAGGUUAUUUCCCCGCUGUCUUGGCGAACCUGCAUUGCAGCAAUGAGAAGGAUGAAGCCGGCUAUGUCGAUGAACAACUCUCUGCUUUGCCGAGACUGCUCGGAGGACCUAUCAAAGGCUUCGUUUCGUGGACGCAAAACCGACGUUGGCGCAGAAACGUGCCCAUUUUCCCACUGCUGCUGAACUGCGGCUUAUCGGUUGUCUACGUUGUCGUGGGUAGCUUCAACGGCCUUGUAACAUUCAUUGGCCUGGCGGCGUACAUGAUCUUCUUCUCGUCCGCUGUUGGGCUCAUUCUGCUUCGACGGAGAGACCGUCGUGCACCAGUAGCGAAAGCGGCCGAGUACAGAACUUGGCUCAUCAACCCCAUCAUUUUCAGUGCCAUUAGUGGUCUGUUGGUGGUGAGAGGUGUCAUCACGGAUCCUUUGCAGGGCGCGGCCAUCCUCUUGGUCGCCCUCUUCGGCCUGGCCUUCUUUUCACUCAGAUUCGGGUUGCGUGGCUUCACCAACAGGCAAGAGGCAGGAUGA